AUGCUUAUUUUCACUUAUCCAACUGCUUUAGAUUUUGAUCAACUUAAUUAUCCUCAUCUGCGUGGCGGCUACUCCGAACUGGAUACUCACAUCCGCUGCCGGCUGGGUCAAUUUUGUGGCUGCCAUUACCCUCAUUUUCUCCUGCCUGUUCUUUAUUUUUUACUUGUUCGGCCUCAUUCAGCGCCUUCCCGGUCCUUGGGUGUUGAUUGUAAGCGCUAUGCACAAUUUGCACUCAUUUAUACCAUACUUUAUCUCAUGCUUCAAUUCCAGCCAUGCCUGAUUCGAAUCAACUUCUACCAACUCUCAUGA